AAAUGACCUCAUAGGUCAUUAUCUAGGUCAUAUUUGAGGUCUUCGACAAAAGUUGCUUUUUGGUAUCCUGAAAACAGGGUGCGAAAAUUUGGCAUCACUGCCUGUAUUUUUGGUUCUGAGUCUCGUUGAAUUAGAUUUUUGUUCAGUUUGACGUUGAGCGUUUACAAAGAUGAAUUAGUUUGAGGCAGUUUGUAUGUGAUAGGCAUGUAGUUAUUGAUUGUUUUUAUUUAUUAUAAUUUUUUUUAUCAUGGACAAUGUUUUUUUACAUUACGUUAAUUGCUACGAAACAUGAAGUUGUUGAAAUCCGAUAAAUGUAGAGUUUGUAUGCGUACGUUUUGUUGCACGUCUUGUAGAGAAAGACACGAAACUUCAAAACACAGUUUUUUCGCUGAAUGCGAUAUUUGCAAAUAUGGACAAAUCAUAAUAUCGCCAACGUUGUCUGAAAAAUUGUUAGAUCAUUUGAAAACCAUCCAUUUUCCUCUCCGAUGUGAACUUUGCACGAAGACGUUCGACACUAUAGACGAGUUAUUCCUGUAUAUAAAAUGCACUGAAGCUAAUAAAGUACUGUCUAAGAACAACGAUGGAAAAAAUCCAAAAACUCCUACGCAAACAUCCUAUGAAGCAAACUACGAUUCUCCUCCAUUAGCGAAUAUUUUGAUGGGUAAAAAUGGCAAUAAAAACAUAAACUUGUUGGUACACCUGGCCACCAGUACGCCCAUGCACCAUGGUGGGGGGACAGAAAAAGUCAAAGAAAUCAUCAUAACGCCUGUGGAGAGUACUGAGAAUACCAAAAACAGUAUUUUGAAAAAUCCAAAUAGUCGGUGCAAUUAUUCCUCGAAAAGGGUUACUUUUAGUGGAACUCCGUUCAUAGAAAGCAGUCAUCGCAAGCCAAAAAAUAUGGUUAUGACAGAGACAACAACUGGGAUGAUGGUGAGCCCCUCAACAUUCCACACCGCAAAAAUUGAGCAAACAACAAGUAUCCACAGUUCUUCGGAUGUCAAAACAAGCGAGAUAAAAAAUGAAGAAAACGAACCUAGUCAAGACCCUAUUAAGACCAAUGAGGAGAAACCAAAAAAUGUUCUGGAAAUAACCGCCGAAGAUGAUAAUACAGUUUGGAUUAGUGCAUUGAAUUUAUCAAUUGAAAUUUGCUCGGAUGAAGAUGAACAUAAAGAGAACGAAGAACAUAAGGAUGAAGAUGAGAUGGAACAUGAAAAUCAUGAGAAGAAUGAAGAGGGUAGUAAGGAAAAUAAGGAGCAAGGGGACAAACAGCAAAGUAUACCAAAAAGUAAUGUCGCGACACCAGUCGCUCCAAAAUCCGCACAUAGGAAAGUCAGCAUUGUUAAACCUACACCGGCCAAAAAAGAAAAGAAAGAAGAACAACUGUUUGUUGAUAUGAUCCAAACGUUUUCAACCCCCAAUGUACCACGUGCUGUUCAACCCCCAGCGCAUGCAAUUUUUGCAAACAGUGACACGAACCCAGCCCGGGAAAACACUGCAAGCGCUGUGAGCAUCAUUGCUAUCCCCCCAGCUGAAGUUACCGCAAACAUUUCUGCACCUGCAGUGGUUGAACAACCGAAACCCAACGAGACCUACGAUGUUGACUGCAUGACUUCGGACACGGGCAUGUCGAGAUGCAACACGAUUUGGACAUCUGUCAGUAGUAUUGUAUCGAACAUUUUCCACAACUUCUCAGGCAUAGACACGAGUUACCAAGAUAGAGCCGACAAUUCAUUGAAACGUUGCUCUUCUGACAACGAUAUCUUCGAACCGCUCAGGAAGAAAUAUAAAUUCACGGAUAUCAAAUGUCGAAGGCCUAUUCGAGAUUUGCCACCUUUAGAAAUCUCCAAUGAUCUGCAAAUAAGCAUUCGGGUUAACAUCACCGAAGGAACUAAAAAGAUUUAUGUUGAUAAGGCCACCAACACGGAUGAGUCAAUGUACACAAGUCGAUAAGAACUGACCAGGAUCUUGUCAAAUUUGGUUGUGCUUUGAAGUGUGUUUUUAUAUGUUGAUAGUACAUAGUGUUUAUACAUUAGUUUUAAGGUUUAAUAUCAGUUGCUAUCGGAGUCGUAAAAAAGCAGCUUUACUUAUUUCUCUGUUCAUAGCUUUGCAUUUGUAGGGAAAAACCUAUAAUUUUUGCGACAGUACAUUUUCUGGUGGUGUCAUUAGAUUAUUAUUUCCUAAUGGAUGUCGUAAAAAUGCAAACAUUUUUUUUGCAGAAAGUUUUGACUAUAAAACAGGUAUUAGUCUUUAUUGACUAUAUUGACAAAUUUUUAUAGAAGCAAAAAAUAAUUCACCACAAAAUUGUUUUUAUCAGUUUUAACAUAGACAAAAGCUCCAGCGGUCAUCAUAAAGAAAAAAAUUAGUCGCCGAAAUUGUAGGUUUCUCCAUGUCCUGGAAUCACCCUGUAUAUGGAAACCAUAUUGUGUUUGGUAUUUUUCUGUAGCUGUAGACAGAUUUAUUAAUUGAUAGCUUUUUUUUGUAUUGGACUUGAUCUCAUUUUCUCAAUAUAUAGAUUCUGAAAAAUAUA